UAAGUAAUUUGUAUAUGUCCUGGGGAAGAAUGAAGGUCUGUGUUUUACUACUUCUCUGUGUCCAUGUGCUCUGCACUAGAGCAGGGCGAACCCGGGGUCCUCCAGAACCUGAACUGACGUCCCUCGCUUGCAAUGAUACACAAGCAGAGUUUGCUGCAGAUUUGUCUCUACGCCAGCUAAAUGCACAUCGAAAGGAGGGGUUUUCCUUUGGGCUCAAGCGAAUUUCCAAUGUGCAAGAACAAUAUGAUGAGGAAAAUGGAUCUGUAUUUUACCUUACACUGGAUGUGUUAGAGGCAGACUGUCAUGUCCUGAGCCGGAAAUUGUGGAAAGAAUGUCAAUCAAAGCCCCGAAAUGAGGCUGUUUUUGGACAGUGCAAAGUAAUAUAUCAACUUAACAAACCAAAAAGGAUUGCUCACCUCCACUAUUAUGACUGCACUAUGACACCAGCUGCUCGAGAUCAGCCCUGUCCUGGCUGUCAUUUCUCUAAACCACUUAAUGACACCAACUUUGUUGAAGUUGCAAAGAAGAGUCUGCUUAAAUUCAACAGCGAGAGCAACAACAGCAAAUACUUUCUUCUUGGAAAUAUAACAAAGGCCGCAUCUCAGGUAGUUGCCGGAACAGCCUAUCACGUAGAAUACACCGUUCAAGAAUCUACCUGUAAUAAAUCAGCUGAAGACCUUUCCCAGUGUGAGCCCCUGGAUUGUGAAUUUGCCCACACUGGUUAUUGCAAGGCUUGGGCUGUAGCACACUGGAGUUCACCAGCUGAUAAGGCUGUGCAAACCAUCUCCUGUGAUAUUUUUGAACCAGAGGCUGCUAUUGUUGAAGAGCAAAAUCAUCAGGGUGGACAUGCUGAAGAAAAACCAGGCAGUGGUAAAAGGGAUCACCAUGGAAAGGGUGAUAGAGGAAAAGGAAAGAAGCAUGGUCAUAAACAUGGACAUGGACAUAAGCAUGACCACAAGCAUGAUCAUGAUCACAGUGGGAGCCAUGAGCAUGAACACGAGCAUGACCAUGAACAUCUUCACAAUUAUGAGCAUCAUCAUGCCCCAUCCAGAGGAGGCCACGGCCCAAAAUCAGAAUCUCCAAAAACAAAAGGCACUGUUACAUAUAUUACUGGAGAUGAAACCUCUGCUGCUUCAGGAGCUGAAGAUAAAAAAGAAAAAAGAGGAAAACCACACAAAGGAGGCAAGGGAAACCAACCUAAAUCAUUUAUUAGAGCUUUUCCUGAUAUAGCCUCAACAUCAGAUCAGUGUCCCGGACAGGCCAAGAAAUUUCCAGUUGAAGAUAUUCCUAUUAUAGAAGCACCACAGGACCCAACUACAAUCCCAAAAUAGACAGACAUAACAUGCAAUUUGUUUAAACAGUUCUAUAAUAUUCUAUGUUUUUAUAUAACCUAUUUUGCCUGCUUUUGAAAUGAAAUAAAUAGACACAAUAAAGCCUCAAAUUAUA